AGACGAAACGGCUCAAAGGCGGGUUUUGGAAUAAUUAGAAUGAAUUAGUGAGCUAUUAGAAUAAUAUAAUUUAAAACUAAUUUCUACAGGCGUUAUACUAUGUUAAUUAAGACUCAAACGGAUUCUAAUUCAAAAAUGAUGUCCGUGUAUAAUUUCAAUCGGAGCGACAGCGAGAUCCUUCAAGAGUUGGUGCGCGUGUUCAGCGCGGGCCGCGGGACCGCCCGCGAGCAGUGGAGUGCGCAGGCCGAGCUUAUAGUGGAACCCAUUGGUUGGGAUGCUUUGUGGAAACUGUCGAAACAGUUUUGCAAGAGGUUUGAGGUCAGAUUCCCAUGCAUAGCAUAUGUGUCAGUGUCAUCCGUGGACUUUGAAGCACUGUCGGCAUCUGUGGAAGUACUUAGUGUGCAGCAUGAAGCUGUGUCACUUCCGGAGACAGUCGAAGAUGUGCCGUUGAUAGAGCUUUGGCCGACCACUCAGCAAAGGGAGCAGUGCAUUAAUGAUGCUACUACAGCAGAAUUUAUUGAUCUGUUAAGAUUCUACUACACCAACAUCUGGAUGCCUUGGGACGACCAAGACGACAAAGUAGUCCUUCCCAACACCAUCGAAGACCGCAUGCAACUGUGGAUGGACCUGCACAACGGCACCAUACCCAACUGUGUUGCUCGCACUAUAACUCUGCUGCGGAGCAGUGCGGUUAAUGCUUAUGAGAAAUUGAAGGAGCUGGACUCGUCUAUUUGUGACGGGGGAUUAACUGAUGAAGAUGAUUCCCUCCUGCCGCCGUCAUACAUUUCCCUGUGUGCCGAGAUGAGCGCCCGGCUGGACGGGCUCAUGUCAAAAUGGACGCUAUAUGAGAACCCACUCAUCCGGGAGCAGUACCUUGCUAAAGCGAGGAGCAAGUGGCAGAAACACAAAGCACAAAAGAAUGUGGUAGCUCUCUGGCAAGGCGGCCCAAUCUCUGAAUUUGAAGAGAUGUCCAAAUUCCUCCGCUCCCGGGUGUCGAAGGAGCAGAACCUCAGCGUGCUGGUGUCUGCGGAGGAAGGCCUGGCUCUGGAACCCGAAGACAUGGUCGUGUGUAGUCCCAACUAUGAGCUGCCUGAGAUGCCGUUGUCACAAAUUUCGCUGUGCAGUUUUAAAGGCGCCACACUCAGAGCGGCAGAGAUGCGUACCUGCCUACUGCAGCUAAGCGAAGACUGCCGCCUGCGAGACUUAACCCUCAACUGCGCGCUCGUCAACACUGUCGUAGUCAUGCGUGCUGGCACGCUGCACAUUGCCAACUGCGCGCUGUCUGACGAUUCAGAUACUUGUCAGAGUGACUUCGCGCAGGGAAUUGUAGCGAUGUCCGGCUCAAAAAUACUCAUCGAGAAGUGUACGUUCGACAACUUCUACUCGGGAAUAGUCGUACAUAAAGGCGCUCAGGUGGAGUUAAGAGGCUGCAGCAUCAGAAAAUGUGGUGUCGGCAUCCAGAUCUACUCCGGGUCGUCGGUGCUGCUCAACGACACCAGCAUCUCUGGAUGCUCAGAGCACAGUGUGCGCUGUGAAUUAGACAAAACAGCUGCCAAGGAUCUUAGCAGUAUUAAAGAGCUCGAAAUAAUGCCGAACUGCAGGAUUGGUUCCGGCGACAUCAAGAAGGAAGUUCUCAUCGUUUCACAAGAUGGCAACUUAUUAUAAACCUUAUGGAGUGCAUAUAGGGUGUAUUUUCCACCUUUUGCUCGGCCACGGAACGCGCGCUCCAAGCGUCACGCUCUGAGGGGCUACCGCGAAAAACGAAAUUCGGAAUUUGCGGGGAUCUUUCUCUUUUACUCCAAUUGAGAUUGAGAUAUUUAUUGAUAACAUAAAUAAUUUUACACGUCACAAAGCUAUAUACAUUACAUAAUUAUCAAUUUAUCACUAGAUUAAAUGAAGGCGUAAUUAGAGUAACAGAGAAAGAUGCCCGCAAUUUUGCGAAACUUCCAUUUUCGCGGUAAUAGCCCUGAGCAUGUCUUUCAUUGGCCUUGGAUUACCCAUUGAUAUAUGUAAUAACUAUUUUUGGUAUAGUAGUGUAGUAAAAAAGGUAGUGGACCCCGCAGUAAUUCCUCAGCCAGAAAAAACUUUACAGUAUGAUAAAGUAUCAAUAAAUAAAAAGUAUUGUAUAAAUUUCCAAAGAAUAAUAAUAAUAGAAUUAAAGUAAAUACCUAAAGUCUUAAAUCGUUAAUAUCUUUUUACGGAAAAAUGCUCCGUUCAAACUUUCUUCACCAGACAUAUUCAUGUAACGUAUUGCAACAAUAUAUAAAAUAUCAAAAAAAUAUCCCAGCAGAAAUACCAGUAUUAAUAAAAUAAAAAUUUUUGGCGUGUCUUGGACCGGAAAAUUGCUCAGUCUAAUUUUUUCACUGGAAUGCCAUUUUAUUGCCGUUUUAUACCUACAAAAUGAAAAUCUAAAAAAUUUCCACUCAGUUUUUAAUAGUUCUAUAAUACAUACAUUUCGAUACGCUUUUUUUUGGAUUUUUUUACCCACUGCGCCAAAUUAUAUUCUAAGAUCAUAUAAGAAGAAAAAAUGACAGAGCAAUUUUCCGAUGAAAAUGAGCGUCAAAAAAAGGAAGUAUCAUAUAAAAAUAUUCUCAUGUUUGUCAAAACUUUUAGAUUUUUUUCUAGUAUCACAUACUGAUACAAAUAACUUAUUUUGUAAAAUAAUUUUGGACUGAGGAAUUACUCGGUUCAAUAUAUAAUCAGAUUUGUGUUUUUACCUAACUUAGGAGUGUUUUUUUUUUGGAUAUUUAUAUGUUAGUCUCGGCUCAUACUAUACAAUAACCAAGCUAAAUUUCAUCGACUGAGAAAUUAAUGCAUGGGUCUCCAUACAACAACUUGCUUCAUUCACUACACUAAUAGGAUCCACCCCGUCAUAGCCAAAAUCGCGAAAAAAAAGUUUGCCGAAAAAAAUUAAAUUUAUUAGGCAUGCUGUAUGAACUUGAACAUGUUUUUCACUUUACCUAACGGUUGAAAACAUCUUGUAUUGUAGUUAUAUGUACAAGUAUACGGUAUUUGUAUUUUUUUAGUUAAAAGAUACCACUUUAUUAAUUGUCAAUAAGGACGAUUUCUGAUUGUUUCGGUCAGUAGUGCCUUAUUGCCAAUAGAGCCAACAGACUAUGUACCCUUUUUCUUAAAACUACAUAAUUGAUGGCAGCAUGUUUUUACACCACUAUGUGGGUUUUGUUUUAAUUAAUUCUAAAUGAACUUAAAAUUACGGUUAGCCCUCAUACCCCGAAUUAAUAAUAAGCCCGUGCGAAUGAUCGCACGAGCGCUUUUUCAACGCGAGUUAAAAAAGUGCUUGAAUCCGUCCACACGCUAAAUGCGAUUUAACGACCAACGCUUAAAGUCGAAAAUCCAACAACGCUUGAUAAAAAGCGCCACCGCCAUCGUGUGAACAAAUACACAUGUUUCCAUUUGUGUAAUUCAAACGCGAGUUGAAAAAGCGCUCAUGAGAAUGAGGGCUUAGGGCUAAACUUCACAAUGAUAGUGAUAGCAUAGACAUGGCAUAGACAAAUACAUAUAAUGUUUUAUUGGCUACGUAGAGAAAUUUAAAACUAGGGACCAAGCUAAAUGUUAAAAUUGCUUUAACAAACUUUGCAAUAUUUUUUUAUGUUACUUGUGUUUAGUUAAUAAAACUUUUACGACGAUAACUCUUACACGUAGCCAAUAACUGAAUAAAUAUGUCUUCCUUUUAUAGAAUGUGUUUUUUUUUCUUCAUGGUAUGCCCUCCUAACCGUAACAGGGUGGAUUUCAGCACAAAAAAUUUCACCAUACAAAAAAUUAAUUUUUUAAAAUGUUUAAUUUAACACGAUUCUAGCUGGGUAAAGUAAUGGGGGGCUGUAUAUUGAGGAUAUGUAUGGUAUUUAUACAAUCAUUUGUGGCUUAUAUUUGAAGUUAUCGCUUUCGGAAAAUAAAAACGCAAGAUGGUGAUGACAACCAUGGUAUGGUAAUGACCUAAUGACUCUUUUA